AGAUCAAAAGAGAAACUCAACCAAAGAUCCAAAGGAAGUGGCCAUGUGAGAUUUUGAAGCUUCUGAACUGGCCACAGUUUACUGUAAACAAGAAAAAAAGAAGACAUGGAGCAUUUGGAAGUCAGAAUGUCAGAUAGCCAACCGCACCACGCGCUGUGAUAAAUGUGGGCAUUUAUGUGCGGCGAAGUGUUGCUGUUAGGCGUUGGAACCAUUUAAUGCAGUUACUACCCACAAUCGAUCUCUAUAUAAACAGUCUCCGUAUUCAAAUUCUAUACCAACGAGUUAUCACAAAAAGGUCUCAAAUAUGACUCGUGGGUUUCGUAGGAUAGCUCUACUCUCACUGUUGUGUUUUAACGUGUUUGUAGUGAGUGUUCUUGCUAAAGAUGUUUCCACUGUGAAAAAUGAUGAUGAGAAGUUCCUUCAUGGCGGCAAGGGAACUGGAUUCGGUGGUGGGUUUGGUGCUGGUGGCGGAGCAGGGGGUGGAUUUGGUGGAGGUGGUGGUUUUGGGGGUGGAGCCGGUGGUGGCUUUGGUAAGGGUGGUGGAAUAGGUGGCGGCUUUGGUAAGGGUGGGGGUGCUGGUGGUGGCUUUGGAGGUGGAGCAGGUGGUGGAGCUGGUGGUGGCUUUGGAGGUGGAGCAGGUGGUGGAGCUGGUGGCGGCUUUGGCAAGGGUGGUGGAGUUGGUGGCGGCUUUGGCAAGGGUGGUGGAGUUGGUGGCGGCUUUGGUAAGGGUGGGGGUGCUGGUGGUGGCUUUGGAGGUGGAGCAGGUGGUGGAGCUGGUGGUGGCUUCGGUAAGGGUGGCGGUGCUGGUGGUGGCUUCGGUAAGGGUGGCGGUGCUGGUGGUGGUUUCGGUAAGGGUGGCGGUGCUGGUGGUGGCUUUGGAGGUGGAGCAGGUGGUGGAGCUGGUGGCGGCUUUGGAAAGGGUGGUGGUGCUGGUGGUGGCUUUGGAAAGGGAGGUGGAGUCGGUGGUGGCUUUGGAAAGGGAGGUGGAGUCGGUGGUGGUGCUGGUGGUGGCUUUGGAAAGGGUGGUGGUGCCGGUGGUGGCUUUGGAAAGGGUGGCGGUGUCGGUGGUGGCUUUGGAAAGGGUGGCGGUGCCGGUGGUGGCUUUGGAAAGGGUGGUGGAGUUGGUGGCGGUUUUGGUAAAGGUGGUGGUGCUGGCGGUGGAUUUGGUAAGGGUGGAGGAGUUGGCAGUGGAAUUGGAGGUGGUGCGGGUGGUGGUUUUGAAAAAGGAGGCGGUGUAGGUGGUGGUUUUGGAAAAGGAGGCGGUGUAGGUGGUGGCUUCGGCAAAGGUGGUGGCUUUGGUGGUGGGAUAGGAGGAGGUUCUGGAGGUGGAAUUGGUGGAGGAUUUGGCAAAGGUGGUGGCUUUGGUGGUGGUGUAGGAGGAGGAUCAGGAGGUGGAAUUGGUGGGGGGUUUGGCAAAGGGGGUGGCUUUGGUGGUGGAGUAGGAGGAGGAUCUGGAGGUGGAAUUGGUGGAGGCUUUGGAGGUGGCGGAGGUUUCGGUGGUGGGGGAGGAAUUGGAGGACAUCCAUGAUUAGUUCUCUUCCGGUCUUAUAUUGCAUGCCAAGUGUAGCAACGUCUCUAUGUUAUAGCAUUGCAACGUUACGUGUAUUACCUGAUUUCUGUCGUUAUUUAUGUAAUUCUCUAUCUACCAUAAUUAUUGCUUUUCUAAACUAUCUUUCUCACUCCCUCUCAUUUCACUUUUGGCGAGGAUCAAAAUAUGCAAAUAAUGUGUGCUUAGAUAAUAAGAUAUUGUUAAUUGUUAA